UUCCUAGCAACCAGAUCUGAAUCAUCCCGGCGUAGCUCUCCCGUUGUUUGCAACAAUACAUAUCAAACCCGUCUUUCGCAUUGCUCAUUGCGCAUUGCGCCGUUUGGUGUUUAGGUCUUGCUGCGCUCAGUGGCUGACUUGCUACUUUGUUGCCUUUAAGUGCAAGAGGCUCGAUUGUCUGUUUACUUUUUGCUAAAAUACCCAGCUUCAAUAUUUCGCAACUCUACGAGCUAUAAGACGAGUUACAAGCAGCUUAAACCCUAGUGCAGAAUCUCUGCCGGCAAAAUGGGGUCCGAGGCCAUCGCAAGUCAUUACCAGGUCCUUGAGGAACUUGGCCGCGGUAGUUUUGGAAUAGUAUAUAAAGGCAUCGAGAAAGCAACAGGAGAAGUUGUUGCUAUCAAGCACAUUGACCUUGAGUCUACCGAAGAUGAUAUCCAAGAUAUCCAGGCUGAGAUCUCAGUCCUCAGUACCUGUGCUAGUUCCUACGUAACACAGUACAAGGCUAGCUUCUUGCGGGGAACCAAACUAUGGAUAGUCAUGGAAUACCUUGGAGGUGGAUCCUGCCUUGACCUGCUUAAACCCGAACCGUCAGUCUUUAGCGAGACGCACAUUGCGAUAAUAUGUCGCGAACUACUCCGUGGCCUCGAAUAUCUUCAUGCCGAGGGCAAGAUCCACAGAGAUAUCAAGGCCGCCAAUAUCCUUCUCUCGGAGUCGGGCAAGGUCAAGCUGGCUGACUUUGGUGUCGCAGCCCAACUUACAAACAUGAAAUCCCAACGUAAUACCUUCGUUGGUACUCCCUUCUGGAUGGCGCCCGAAGUUAUUCAGCAAGCUGGUUACGACUUUAAAGCCGACAUCUGGUCUUUGGGCAUCACGGCUAUGGAAAUGGCAAACGGAGAACCGCCCCACGCUAAUCUCCACCCCAUGAAGGCUUUGUUUCAUAUUCCGAAGAACCCACCCCCUAGGCUCGAGGGUAAUUUCUCAAAAGACUUCAAAGACUUCGUAUCCCAGUGCCUCAUGAAGGAUCCCGAUCGUCGACCGUCGGCAAGAGAGCUGCUGAAGCACCGAUUCGUCAGAUCUUCAGGAAAAGUGGAAGCGCUACAGGAGUUGAUCGAACGACGACGCAAGUACGAUGCCACAAAAACAAAGAAGAAGAGCCGAUCAUUCUAUCAAGAAACAUUGCAGGACUUCUCCCCGAAGGAUGAUCAAGACGAAUGGGUCUUCGACACCGUCAGAUCUGUUGUUCCCAAGAGGCCUACCGCCCACUCUCGGCAGCCAUCUUCCAUUUUCUCUACUGAAGAAGCAUUGCGUAGAAUGGACCUUAAGGAUGCUCCAUUGCAGCCUUCGUCGCCAGCCCCAGUCACAAUGCGUAAGGCUACGGUGCGGAGACAAUCCUCUUUGGCGCAAAUAUCUAAUUCUGGAUCUGUACGUGGUCCACCUGCCCCUGCAAUCAGACGUCCCCUUCAGCCGGACAUAUCGUUUGGCAACUCGGGUUCAUCGCAACGUCUGUUCAGAAGAGUUCCCUCAGAUAGCUCCACAUCCGGCCAAGUGGCCUCUCCUGACUCGAUCCAAAUACUUUCGGAUGAAAACAAGCGCCCGGGAGCUGUUGAUGCUACUAGCAAGGAGGCUGUGCUCGGAAGGCGCCUAUACUCUAAAGCUUUUGAGCCUACACUAGCAGAGCUACAUGCCCAGACAUCGAACAUGGCUAAGCGGGAGGCACUCGGUAAGCUAUCUGACGCCCUAGCACUAUUAGACUCGGUUGAUCCCGAAGGCGCCUAUCAUCUUCUACGCAACUUGAACUCCACCAUUUCACAAGACACCAAGUUGUCGAACGCAUUCCUACCACGGAAUUCAGAAGGUUCGACGAAGGGACACGAUCCUACAACACCGCAAGGCACGGUGAUUAUUAAGAGUCAGACACCAAGCAACCAAAACCAGAGCCCAGCGAAGCUAGUCCUGGCGGCUAGCAACCCGCAUCUGAAGAGCCACAAAAGGCGGCAGGGGAGCGUGACGGUGAACGGUGUGGGUAGUCCUGAGAAAAGGGAGAAAGACCCGGAGAAGGCGGCGCUGCAGGCAAAGUAUCCGGGGCGCGACCCCCAGCCGGGUAUGGAGCAUUGUAAGCAGCUCUCGGACGUAUUGUACGGUCGAUGGGUAGAGGGCUUGCGCCUGCGUUGGCCAGGUGUCUAGAACAGCUACUUGGCAGUCUCGCUGAUUAAGA